UUUUUUUUUUUUUUUAACUUCCUCCUCUUGACUCCUGUGGCCAACCCCAAUUCCUGCGACCAUGGGAUUCUCAGAGCUGGAAAAGAACGCGGAUGGCGAUAUUUCGCCAGGGUUCGAGCGACCCCAAAUCAAUGAGCGCAAGCUCAUGGCAAAGAUUGACUGGCACGUCGUACCGUGUUUGUGCCUCAUGUAUUUGCUCGCAUUCUUGGACCGAGUGAACAUCAGUAAUGCGGCUAUCCUGGGCUUACAAGAAGACUUGAAAAUCGAGACGGGCACGAAAUAUAACACCGCGUUGACAAUCUUCUUUGUCCCCUAUAUUAUCUUCGAGAUCCCGUCAAAUAUCCUACUGAAGAAGCUGAAGCCUCAUCUUUGGUUGUCAUUAUGUAUGUUUGGAUUCGGUUUGGUCAUGGUCUGUCAGGGUCUGGUGCAGAACUGGGGAGGACUCAUGGCUACGCGCUGGUUCUUGGGCAUGUUUGAGACGGGCUUGUUUCCUGGUUGUUUCUAUCUGAUGGGCAUGUGGUAUAAGCGCAGCGAAGCCCAGAAGCGCUUCAGUUUCUUCUUCAGCUCCACCACCCUCGCCGGUGCUUUUGGCGGUCUCCUUGCCAGCGGCAUUGGCAAAAUGGAUGGAAUUCGCGGCUAUAGAGGUUGGCGAUGGGUGUUCAUCAUCGAAGGGAUCCUUACCUGCGUGGUCGCCAUCAUCUGUUACUUCCUGGUGACAGAUUUCCCAGAGGAUGCGAAGUGGCUCACCGAAGAUGAGCGGCGUUUCGUUCGCGAGAAGCUCGCCGAGGAUACGGGAAAGGCUGCGGAGCAUGCCAGCUUGAGCUGGCGCGAUGUGUUAAGUGUCUUUAAGGAUUACAAGAUCUUCAUCGGUGGGUGGAUGUAUUUCGGCCAAGUGGUCACAGCCUACGGCUACGCUUAUUUUGCGCCGACGAUCAUCAAGACCUACGGCUACGGAGCCAUCAGAACGCAGCUUUAUUCUAUCCCUCCCUGGGCCGCGGCAUUCGGCUUCUCCAUGCUUGUCGCAUUCUUAUCAGACAAGUUUCGCCAUCGAUUCGCAUUCGCACUCAUCCCGAUGCUCAUCGCGAUGGCAGGAUAUGGAAUUCUGCUGAACGUCCACGGCGAGUCGCAACGGCACGUGCAGUACGGAGCCCUAUUCUUGGUGACGAGCGGGUGUUACAGCGCAAUGCCAGUGCUGGUGUGUUGGUUUUCAAUGAAUCUAGGAGGUCAUCGGAGACGGAGCGUAGGGACAGCUUGGCAAAUCGGGUUCGGAAAUAUCGGAGGAAUCAUCUCAACAUACUCUUUCCUGCAGAAAGACGCGCCGCUCUACCGCAACGGAUACAUCAUUAGCUUAUCAUUCCUAUGUUUCUCGGCAGCAAUGGCCGCUGUAUACUUCGCCGCGCUCAUGUUCGAUAACCAAAGACGCGACCGAGCGACGGCAACCGGGGCCAUCGAUUCCCAGAGUAGUACCGCGGAGGAACAGGAGGAGGUCUUGGGUGACCUGGCGCCCACUUAUCGCUACAACUAUUAAUUAGUAAUUAGAUGCAUGUGAAUUGGCAGC